AUGGAUAUUUGUAUUGUUUGUUUGGAAUACAAUGGUGACAUAUUAUCACGUCUGACAGCUGGAUCAACGGAAUGGACUAAAUACAAUGUACAACACAUCAUUGAGAAACAUUUAUGGUGGUGGCAUUUCAAUGCAAAGAAUGAAGACACUAAUCCGAAGUGGAUAUGCAAUGAAUGCUGGUCAAGAUUGUGGUCAUUCCAUACAUUUUUCGUGCGUGUUCAAAAAUCCCAUAAUUUGUUUAAUUCUGUACAAUUUUGUGUUGAAAAAGAAGCCCCACAAAGUCCGGUCGAUGAAAUCAAAUUAGAUAAUGACAAAGAAGAAAAUGAUACAUUGACGGCAGAAGCAUCGCUUAAUGAAGAUUUGAUACCUCUGGCCAAACGAAAGAGAGGUCGACCCCGUUUACAAAAGGACAACAUCGAUUGUGUGGUUAUAGACAGCUCUGUGGAGUUUAUUAAACAGGAAGAUUCACCCGUUGAUAAGAAGCUACCAAUUGGAAAUCACGGUAAUGUGUUAUCUGAAGCUUUACGUGACCUGGACGAGGAUGGUGGAGAGCAAAGUGAUAGUAGAGAUUACGAUAAUGAUUACCAAAAUGAAGAGAGCAGUGAUAAUAAAGCGACUUCAGAAGAUGAGGAAAUAAGUGAGCUCAGUCCGAUAAAACAGAAAAAGAUAUCCCGCUGUAAAACUAUAGCCCAUAAAAAGAAAAGUUUGGCAGAUGGUUCUUCCAUACAAUUAACUAAAAAAUAUGAUGAGUAUAUAGCCCAAAAUCAUGAAUUAUUUUGCAGUUUAUGUCACAUACCUCUGGAGGACUUCAAUCAUUUGAUUGUGCACUUUCGCGAUGAGCACAAUACAAAGCCCUAUGUAAUGUGCUGUGAUAAGAAGUUUUAUAAGCGUGCAGUAUUUGUGGAUCAUUUGCAUGUACACAAAGAUCCCAAUUAUUUUAAAUGUGAACAUUGCGGUAAAGUUUUUGCCAAUCGGCGUUGUUUGAAGAACCAUUUGGAGUGGCAUGAUGACAGCCGUAAACCUAGAUUUAAUUGUAGUGAAUGCGGGAAAGAUUUCUUUAGAAGGGGAAGUUUGGAAAAACACCGGCUUCUUCAUGUACCCGAGGAGCAACGGCAAUUCCAGUGCAAUGAAUGUGAAAAGAAAUUUGCCUCGGAAAGUUUAAGAACCCAACAUAUUAAAGUAACACAUUUAUAUGUGAAAUUGAUCUGUGAUAUAUGCGGAAAGGCCUUUCGCGAAAGGCACUCCUUCCAACGACAUUUAGCCGAACACACUGGCGGCCCGACACCAAAUAUUGAAUGCGAUAUAUGUGGCAUGAAACUGACAAGUAUUUAUGGAUUGAAUCGACAUAAAAGACUACGUCAUACUGAAGAAAAUAUGCAGGAACAAGUGUGUCCACAUUGCUCGAAAGUAUCGCCAAAUAUUGCGGCACACAAAAGUCACAUUCAAUAUUCGCAUACGAUGCAACGAAGGCAUGCCUGUCAUUUGUGUGAAAAGGCUUUUCGGCGCCCAAAAGAAUUAAAGGAACAUUUAAGUACACAUACGGGCGAAGCACUCUAUACUUGUCCACAUUGUCCGCGUACGUUUAUUUCAAAUGCCAAUAUGCAUAAGCAUAGAAAGAAUGAACAUCCCAAAGAAUGGCAUGAGGCGCGAAUGAAGCGCUUAAGCUCAAUGAAAAUUCCUAUUAAUGGAAUGCAAGCAAGUACGACGGUCGAAGGAAAUUAG